AUGAAGAAGUGUGUCCGCCUAUCAGACGGGGCACAGCCGAGGAUGUCAUCAAUGGAGCUGUGUCAGCGAUUACUAUCAAUAACUCUUGUGAGUGGUCCUCCAUCUCCAGAUGUCUUCUCAUUUGAACUUGCAACAGUGUCACCAGCUUUCUUCCAUGAUGAUGGAUCCAUGAGAAAAUGCUUGGACAACGUACUAGCUGCAGAUAUGGAGACACUUGCCAUGGAAACUGCUGAUGACGCGGACGUCCAAGAGACACCGUCAACUGCAAGAGGGAACUGGUCGAACCAGCUGGACUAUGUUGUGUCUGUGUUGGGUUGUAUUGUCGGGUACGGCAACCUGUGGCGGUUCCCCUAUAUCUGUAACAGGAAUGGUGGCGGUAUAGGCGUCGGUCAGUUCAUUGCCUGCACAGGUGGAUUAAUCUACUACCAGACCAUUAUAGCCUGGUCAAUCUACUACAUGGUAAUGUCAUGUGCUUCCGUACUUCCCUGGUCAACGUGUGGCAAUGAGUGGAACACAGAGUCUUGUCUGGAGGAAACCCUUGGCAAUAUUGCAGUCAACAGAACUGAUGGUCAACCGUCCAACACAAACAGCAUCAUGAACGCAACGAGAGGGUCACAGUUUACUUUUGACCACACGGAUGUGGGGGAAUUCUGGCAGUACAAGGCUCUAGGUGUGUCGGAAGGAGUUCAGGAAAUUGGCCAAGUUCAGUGGCAUCUGGUUGUGUGCCUGUUUGUGUUAUGGAUAUUUGUGUUUGCGUCACUUAUCAAAGGCAUAAAGAGUGCAGGAAAGGUGGCCUAUGUGACCGUGUUCCUCCCCUACCUGCUGCUGGUCGUCCUGCUGAUCAGAACUCUGCUGGUGCCUGGAGCAGUGGAUGGCAUUGUCUUCUAUCUGAAACCAGAUCUCACCAGACUCCUGGAUCUGCAGGUAGUCCACUACUUGUCUCUUGUUCGUCGAUGGCCAGUUCUGAUUUGA